CACCUUUGCCAGCUGGUGUGGUGUGGUGUGUGGUCUGUGGUGCUUGCUUGCGGUGAGUACUGAGUGAAUGAAUGAAUGAAUGUAAUUUUUCAUGUGGUUAACCGGCUGCGUACGCGGAUAAUAUACGCACUCUCGUGAGUAAAAGAAGAACUUUUCUUUCCCUGGAGCGAUGUCUCUCGACAGUAUUCCCAAAGAUUUGCGGCAGUUACGGGCCUGUUUGAACUGCUCUUUAAUUAAGAGCAUUGAUCAGUUUGAAGGUGAUGGUUGUGACAAUUGCGAAGAAUUCCUUCGCAUGAAGAAUGACCGAGAAAAGGUUUAUGACUGUACCAGCAACAACUUUGAUGGGAUGAUAGCAUUGAUGAGUCCAGAGGACAGUUGGGUUGCAAAAUGGCAAAGAAUUAAUCGAUUUACUAAAGGCAUAUAUGCCAUAUCUGUUGCUGGCCGCUUGCCUGGGACAAUAGUACGUGACAUGAAGAGCCGAGGGGCACUCUAUCGGACUAGAGAUACCAGCAGCCGAUAGCAUGUCUAUUGUAGUUGGAUGUGACAGUGAUCAUGUUAAUUCUUCAAUUAUCUUUACGUUAGGAGUAUACAAUCUUUACAAGAAAUAGUAAGUGCUAAGACUGAACUUAACCCUGUAAUUUGUUAUAUUUAUCUUCAAAUCAUGUUUGUAAAUGUAUUAGUCAUUUCAUGUAAUGAUUGGAUACUCAUUCUGGAAGAUUUAUUUGUACUAAAGAACAAGUAAAUGUUCAUAGUUUUAUAUGGCAGAAGUAUAAACACAUUUAUGUCUUUCUUUUUCAUAAUAUUAUGCAUAAAUACAAUGAUCACUGCAUAGUCAUUGGAAUUUGAGCAGUGGUCUGAGAUGCUUUAUUCCUGAAAAGAAUAUACUUAAUUUCUCAUGAAUAAACGUUCCAAGUAUUAUUAUUUUUGAAUUACAUUGCUGGUGACGAAAAAGUU